AUGAUUGAGGAAAUUUCAGACACCGAGUCGGAGAUCGAUUGGGAUCAGUGGCUCAUGGUGCCAGCGCCAGCUACAGCGCUCGAAGAUCACAGCGCCAGCCUUGGUUUCUGUGAGACCGUGGCACGCAGGUUUCGGCGAGCCUUUGGAUGUGAAGUCGAGUCUGAAGCGGUCGCCUUGACCGAGGCUCAGUUGCAGAUCAUGCCGAAAGGAGAUUUGAAUGCAAUCGCUGUUGAGUCUGCUGGAGUCAAUUGGUUGCUAGUGGGCUUUGGAGCUGCAGCAGCUGCUGUCAUUGCAGCCGUUGCAGCAGCGUCUGCUGUUCUCGGUGCUGCUGUGGCGUAUUCCUUUUUCACCAUGAACGUAGGCGGCUGGGAUGGUGACAUGAAGGUUAUCAUGGGAGAUGGGUCCAAGAAGAAGAUCAAAGAUGUGAAGAUUGGAGACCAAAUUCAGAGCUUCAACAAAGGCAAGCUGCAAGCGAGGCCAGUGGUCAUGAUCGAAGAGAAUGAAAGUAGCACGAUGCGGGAAUUGCUUCUGCAAACUUCGGAUGGCAGCCAGUUCAGUAUCAAGGCAACAGGAGAACAUCCCUUAUAUACCCAGAAAGGAUGGGCAGUUGUAGCUCCCCAAGAAGGCCGCUUCAAGACAUCACCUGAGAAGCUCCGUAUCGGUGACACUUUGUUUCUUUGUGGGGAGGAUGCCAAGCUCAUUGCAAUUGGGGAUCCUUUGCCCCUCCAAAAGACAUACAAGCUUUCGAUGGAUGGGCAAAGCACUCUCUUUGUAGAAGGCAUUUUGGGACAUUCGGGCUUGCCCCCCACAAGACCAUGA